CAGUGCUUCAAAUAAGUGUCUAAGUCCUCCCUUUGCCCAGAUAAGAGUUUUUAAAGAAACCAUGUACAUUUGCGACAAGAAUUUUACUACUUAUAAAUAGUGCCGUUAAUGUUUCUGCAAGCCAGACUUUCAUGUCAGAAGUAGUGAUGGCGUUUUGCCCAUUUAAACCAUUGUCAUAUGAUGUCUUGCCGCCAGUACUGUAAUGCGCAUUACUACGAACUUAAUUUUUUUUAGUAUGAAAGGUUGUCAACACUCCGUGACAACAUGGCUCGCUGUAUCUUCAACAGUUUCAUGCUGCAGUUUGGCAUCGCUGGCACAGCUUUGGCGAUUGCUGACCCUGUCUACAACCAGAACAGCAGCGAGGAGCUAGGUGGAACAACUGCACCUGUGAAUACUAUUUCUGAGUCUCUGGAGCCAAAUAAUGCAGUGAAGACACUGAUCAACAGGUACGAGAGGGACGGGAACUGGACGGCGCUCAAGUCCGGACUCGGGCGUGAGCUGAGCCUCGGCAGCCGUGCCCGAGCCCAAGCCCUGAGUCUGGGCGACAACGAGCGAUACCCCUUGGUGGAGGUGAGCAGUGGUGCCAGCUACUUGGACCUCCUUGGCGUCCUGUUGUAUUGCGGGCUGGCGCCGGACACGGUCGCCGGGCCAGACAACCGGACCAUGCUGCACGUCUCGGCGGAGCGCGGCGCCGUGCCGGUGGCUCGGGCGCUGCUGGAACGCGGCGCCGACCCCGACGCGAGGACCGCGGUCCGGGACACCCCCCUCAUUCUGGCCGCCUGGAGGGACCACUUGCUCGUGGUGCAGGCGCUGCGCCAACACGGAGCCGACUUGAACAGCCAGAACGACGACGGCCGGACCGCCUUGCACCGGGCUGCCUUCUGGGGCAACGCAGAAGUAGUCAGGUACCUGGUGGAUGCUGGUGCCAACAAGACAAUAACAACCAAGCUGGGCAAUACGCCGCUGGACGACGCACGAAGCAGAGGCUACGCCAACAUCGUUAAAAUGCUUCUUUGACAAAGAGCGAUACAAAUUGAGGAUUGGUGACAUGCCAGGAGCAUAUCUAUAAGGUCAAUCUGUUUUCACUAAGCUCAUCUUUUCAUCUGUGACUGGCUUGCGCAGACCUUACGCUGCUACGCAAUAGCUUUUGGAAUCAAUUUGUACCUUUUGAAUGUUAUGUGCAAAUUUUCUGUGCAAUAGAAUAUAUGAGAGUUAUGUUAUUCCAGUUUUUUUUCAUUAUUGCUUAGAUUUUUGUACAUUAAACUUUGAAAAAGCUUAAAAACAUACUUAACAGUAUUUUUAAAACACUAAAAAAGUAAAACUUAGUGUAAACAAAUUAAUCUGUUCAACCCUGGUGAUAAGCAUGUUCUUCUCUCAUAGGAAAACACGUACAUAGUCACUGUCAAUUAAAUUUUAAUACCAAAACUUGUAAGACUUGCCCGAACCCUUCACGAAUUCUUAAAUUUAGCAAUUGCUUGUUUCAGGGCAUGCCAUCAGACUUAAUGCAUACCUGCCAAAUUGGCAAGACCUCCAUCAAUAAUAUAUAUUAAAAAAACACACUAAAUUAUUGCAUUAAUUAUACGUGGUGAUUCAAUCAGUGUUACUGAAACAUGCACCAUAAGUUCAGUAUUAUUCUAAACACAUCAAUAGUUUAAUGAAUAAAUAUCUGUAUAAAAACAGUAAGUUGGGGUUUUUUUUACGUUAGGAACCACUACGUUCAUAUGUCCAACCAUAUCCACUGCAUUGUCAGAAAAAAAGCUAUACAAUUUAGUAAAGGCACAACAAUUUACAAUUUACAAUUUGAGUUCUAUCAGUAAAAGCUGUCCAAUAUUUUUGCCAUGGAAGCAUCUUGCAAAGAUGGCAUAGGCAACACAUGACUAACAAUUGAACUACAAGAAGGUUCCUAGUAGGUAACUACAAAAGGAUACAAAUUAUUAUUUGUAUAAUUGUUUCCAUCUGUUUACAAAGAAAAUGGUCCAACUUGCAAAAGCUUAACAACUAUGGUAGUUGUGCUGGAUUCCAUUUCUUUGACUAUCGCAGCAGUUUAGGUGCGCCACAACAAUACCUUUUGCUGCGUCUGAAUUCGGGAACAUUUUCCGGAACAAAUUUCUAGCAUUAUUUACUUCACUAAAAAAAUGCAUGUUCUAUUACAAAACUAGUGAAAAAGCAUUUUGUUUGAUUCAAAUCUGUGUCGCUAGUACGGCUUGUCAAAAAAUAAACUGUUAACUUUUUUAUUUUUUCACGGAAAAUUUCACAUUACUUACGUGUUUCAAAAUCUUCUUGUGAUUAGAAACAUCAUUCUUCCCGCCAAAAUAAAAUUUUAUAUCCCAACGUGCUGCAAAGCACAUAGUUCGAGUCUUGUUCACUUUAGGUGAUAAAUGGAUACAGUUCCGAAUACGCCGACCUAAACACCUGUCCAUACUGUUUUUCAUUGUUCGUGGACAUUAAGACAGUGCAAACCACCUUACUAAAUAUUUUCAUACACAAGCAUUAAACUUCUGAACACGUACAGAACAAUACACUCCGCCAUUUCCGCGACAGAACUAAACAUGAGAAUAAAUUUCCCUCCCGGUUGUUUCACGAGGAGGGAGAAAAAAAAAAGAAUUGUACUUAUGCUUUCCUGUUGGUCAGCUUGAUUUAGUUCCGUUCCAUUCAAUACUUUUCACCUUUUCUUGUUUAGGUGACAACAUACGUCAAGAUGAGCUGCCAUAUAUUAACAGAAACAAAUUGCAGACAACCAAAAAAAACAUUUCCACUAGGUACCAGGGAAAAAGAUUGAAAUGAAUUGUAAGCUUGUAAAGCGUAAGAUGUUUAGAAUAUCCAUACAACCUUAAUGUAGAUUAUUUUCUGUACAAAUUACAGGAAAAUCAUAAAAGUUGGCAGGUAUGUUAAUGUACUGAACUCCCUUCCUGAUCAGCAACAAUGGUCCUUCUUUUAUGUUUUCUUCCUUGUCAUUAAUCUUGUUUAAUUAUAUUUCACUUACAACUUACAUAAGUUUGUUAUUUUGUAUUCAUGUUGCAUAGCUUAACUCAUUAGAUUUGUAGGAUAAGAAAAUAUAAAAAUGUACACUGACUUGGUUAAAUGAUAAAGGAAAUACACAUUUGCAAUGAUUCCCUACCCCAUAACAUAAUUUUUUUUUUUUUAAAUAUUCAAACUAAAUAAUGACAAUCUGUUUAGUAGAUUCAAAAAAUAAAGUAACAGUUAAAUUGAGUAAAUAGCUCAAUACUUACCUUUAUGCAUUAUUAAUUUAUGUAUAAAAAUUUUACAUUGCAGUUUAGUAAUUAAAUACAAGAAGUUACUUUCAACAUUUGAGCAGUACGAAACUAAUUAUUUAAUUAAUGUACUACGCAUGCUAUCACAUUCUUAACAGCAUGCCUGCAACAUGACUCUUGAUCAUUAAAAGUAUUGUAAUUGGAUAAUGAAAUUCAAAAUUACAGAGUAUAAGUAAAUGAAUCAAAUAAAAUUCUAUAAAACAAAUUACCUGCUUUUAUUACAAUGUAUAUUUACAUAUUGUCAUUUAUGUAGGUAUAUGAAUACCACAUAUCAAAUAAAUGACAUAUACAUAAAACAUGUUUUUUGUUGUAAUUUUUACUAAAUUUUUCAUACAAAUAGUUUUUUACCCAUAGAACUAUCAACAACGAUAAACAUAUUUACAUUAUAUUACAACAAAAAAUCUAUCUAAUUACAAUUUUUACACAUACGUAUGAAAAAUACAACUUCCAAAUAUGCAUAGAAAUGCUUUGUAAAAAAAAUUAACUCAUGCAACAUGUGACAGUUAGUACAUAAUUCUGAACUCAUAAAUCUGGUUUGCACCUAAAAUAUUUUAUACAAUGUUCUUAAGACAAGUCUAUUUACAUUACAUUAUACUACAAGCUCAUAUUUACAAAAAAAAUAUAAUUCUACGCACUAAGCACUCUUUCUGGCU